AUGGUCUGUCUUGAGCACUACCAGGCUCGUUCCUGCUGCUCUGUGGAGGAUCAGGUGAUGCUCUACCGGUACGGCCUCGACGAACUUUCCGAUUUCAUUGAGCGUCCACAGGCUCGUCUGCAGCAGUACUCCGAGUGGAAGUCUCGUGUUCUUCAGGGCACCCAGAGUGUUGCUGUUGGCUGUAUGCCAGAAGGAUCGGAGAAAACCCGACUGGAACUCUCCAGUCCCGGCUCUAACACCAAGGCCGACCUUGAAAACACAGCACUGCAUAAGCGCGAAGAGGGAGAGAAAGGAACCGAAACCUCGUUGUCCGAAGCAGGCCAAGAAGAACAACCCCAGGAGGACUCCAAACCCGCAACUGAACCUCCUUCACCAAUCUUCAGUGGCCCUACAGAGGGCCUUUCAGUCGCUGUUUGCAAGCCAUCGGCGAGUAGACCUUCACUCUCUGACAUUCAGAUGUUCAUUCUGUAUCCUGCUGACAUCAGCCUUCUUUGCUAA